AUGGCCCGCGGCAACCAGAGAGAGAAGGCGCGCGCGAAGAACCUGGCCGCCCAGCAGGAGGCAGCCAAGAGACACAAGAACCAGAUGACUGGCUCCCAGUUCCAGAGAGCGAAGGAAGACACGGCCGCUAUCAUGCGUGAGAAGCAGAGACUAGCCGAUGAGAGAAAGGCUGCUGCUGCUGCUGCCGCCGGCAAGAAAUGA